UGUUGGCGUGAGGACUUUGUCAUUCUCUGCCCACUUUUCCCAUGAAUAGGAGAAGAGCACUUGUUUCUGACACAAACCCAGUUCGGAGUCAGAGACUGAGUAAAACACCCCCUACAUCUUUUAAACUUAGCAUGAAUCUGCCUUGACAUCCCCUCCCUCAAACAAUCCCAGGGACAGGGACAACGCGAAGUUAGAUACAGAGUAAAGCUCCCUCUGCACUGUCUCCCCCCCACCCCCCCAACCGAUCAAACACUCCCAGGGACAGGGGUUAGGUACAGAGUAAAGCUCCCUCUAACACUCUCUGUGUAGUGUAUACCCUCUUCCCACCUGACGUCUCUUCACUCCUGAUUCCCACAGGGACCUCCAGCAAAUACGAUACCCGUGAGGGUGACCGAAGGGCUCGGAGUCUCUCAAAGCCACGGGACAUUCCCAGGAUAAGCUCCCGACAUAACGUGUGCGACCUUCGGCCUGAUGGUGUGAGGCUGUCCCCUCCGUCUGGUGGUGGUCCACAAAGCGACGAUCCCCGGCCCACCCGAGCCAAUCACGAGGAGUCGAAGCUGAGUUCUAUACAGUGGAUCUGGAACGUAGUGCGACAGGAUUCGGGUUCAGUGUACGCGGAGGCUGUGAGUAUGAUAUGGACCUUUACAUUCUGGGAAUGAUCGUUGGAGGCCCAGCCAUGAGGAGUGGAAAAAUCAGGAUUGGUGACCAGUUGGUUGAGAUCAAUGGGGAGCCAACAAUGGGAAUGAGCCAUUCUCGAGCUGUGGAGCUGAUCCGACACGGUCACGACAGGAUCCGUCUGCUAAUGCGCUGUGGGAAUGGGCAGGUCCCCGAGUUUGGUCCUGACGCUGUGCGUAGGCCAGACCUUGGAGAAGCUACUGUGGUUCCAGUCAGGCAGGAGAAUCCUGCCCGAGCUCCGAGAGCCCAAGCCGAGUUGGGCGCAACGCAGGGCUUGGCCAGGCCUCGGCCGCACCAUCCACGUGCUUUACUCGCCCCCGGCCCAGGACAUCCGACAACCAGACAGGGGAGACCGCCCGGCGGCCAGUCCCAAGCUGCCGAUGCCCGGCCUGUUGCAGGUAGUGCCCGGGGGCACAGGAGAAACCAGCAGGGUGAUGGUAGCGGGCCCGAAACCAACCUCAGGCCUCGGUCCCGGGCUCUGCGUGAUCACUCCAGGCAGCAGUCAGCCCCCGGGUCUAGAUCCGAUAAUAUCUUGGAGCCCACCCAAUCCCACGCUCCCCUGGACCUCCCUAAACCUGGUGAGUUUAAGGCCCAACUCCCCUCUGUCGACUCUAGGCCCCAGGCUCUCCUCGACUCUAGGCCCCAGGCUCUCCUCGACUCUAGGCCCCAGGCUGUCCUCGACUCUAGGCCCCAAGUUCUCCUCGACUCUAGGCCCCAGGUUCUCCUCGACUCUAGGCCCCAGGCUCUCCUCGACUCUAGGCCCCAGGCUCUCCUCGACUCUAGGCCCCAGGCUCUCCUCGACUCUAGGCCCCAGGCUCUCCUCGACUCUAGGCCCCAGGCUCUCCUCGACUCUAGGCCCCAGGCUCUCCUCGACUCUAGGCCCCAGGCUCUCCUCGACUCUAGGCCCCAGGCUCUCCUCGACUCUAGGCCCCAGGCUCUCCUCGACUCAAGUCCCAGUGCUCCAGUUGAGCCCAGGUUCCGUUCUCUCCCUCGCGACUCGAGGCCUCGGGCUCUCCUCGACUCUAGGCCCGAUGCUCCGGUUGAGUCCAGGGCCCAGACUCUCCCGAGCUACUGUAGGCCCCAGGCUGUUGGCAAUGGCAGGGCCCUGUCUGAGGAGAGCACGGAGACCGAUUCGGACAGCUGGGAGGAGGAGGAGGAGGACACUGCUUCCUCUUCUCCAGAGCUACCGGUCCUCGGCAGCUUUGAUGAGCAGAGGCAGUUGAGCUCCAUGAUCGGAAGGGGUCUAUAUCUCAGUAGUGGGCCCCUACUGCCAGCCCCGGGCACUGCGGACAGCGAGGACAGUGUCCACUGCGGCAGCCAGAUGGGGACAAAGGACAGCAAGAGAGGCAGACUGCGGGGGCAGCUCUCUCCAGGGCCCUGGCUUGUGCCAGAGGGGGAAAAGCUCCUCGGAAUACUCGGGAGGUAGUGUCCACGGGGCAGGUUGAAGCUGGCAGGGGUGGGCAGGAAAUGGUCAGGUGAGAGGUGAUGCUCCAAGUGGUGGACCAGCCACCACUGCUGGGAGUGUGUUAUAAUCAGGGAAAGGCUGCUGCUCACGGGGGACGAGUGUCAGCAUCGCCCUGUCGGAGGGGUCACGGCUAAGGGAGCGGGGCGUCAGCGGAGGAGGGUCGGGGCCGCAGGGAGCAG